AUGCGGUGUGCGCUGCGGCGUUGCCGCUUGCGGUGGCACUUCCAUCAACCCCAACACGAGCAGCAACAUGCCGCUGCUACUGUUAUUAGUAUUAGCGUACGCCAUCAGAGUAACUCUCUGAUUGGCACGAUUCACGGAGGGGAACUUUCUCUCCCAAGUGAUCCGCAGGGUGGUUCACAUCUCUCUGCACGCAACAUCGCCACGGAAGCCUUACAGAUGAAGAAACUGCACCAGGAGCGUGGUGGAAACCCUAUGCUCGCCCAGCAAGCACGCCGUGUUCUUUUUGCAACAUCUAUUGCUGGUCAAAGUCUUGAUGCUCGCUCUGUAGCAUUGUUACUAAACACUGCUGUUUACUUUGGAAUGGAGAGUGAUGCUAAAGUUGUGCGUGAGUGUAUUGAUUAUUGCCUAAAGAAUGAGAAACUUAUCACAGUUGAUGUUCUGCCCAUUGUUGUGACUGCUUGUGCGACACUAAAGUCACGUGAUGCACGUGAGGUGAUUGAGAUGCAGGCGCAGAAGGCUGCACGUAACGCAAAGUACCUUGAUGCGAAGGGUGUUACGAACAUUAUAAGUGCUUUUUCCAAGACUGGUAUUAAUCAUGAGAAACUUUAUGGGUUUCUAUCAAAACGUGUACAAACUCUGGCACGUGUGGGGGAGUUUGAGGCUGCCCAUCUUGUUAUUUUAGCCAACGCUUUCUCACGAUUGCGGUUCCGUGAUAAGUUUCUCUUUGGUGCGAUAGCACGCCGUGCAAUGUCUCUACGGGAGCGCGUUACGGUAAAUGAACUCGUACCGCUUAUCGUUGCCUUCUCUAAAAUCGGACUAAAGGAUCCAAAACUCAGCAAGCGAUUUGCCACAAAGGCGAUGGAGUAUGUGGAUCAGAUGAAUGCGGAGCAGGUGGCUAGCAUGUUUAUGGCUUUUGCAUAUUUUGGCAUCCGUUACGAUCAGCUUUUUGGCGUUCUCACAAAUCGUGCGGUGGAACUUAUUGAUGAGUUUAACGCACAGUACAUCAGUACAACUCUGAAUGCCUUUCAACGCAUCGGUAUAAAUAACCCGGAGCUCUUCGAUAACUUGGCAGAACGUGCACUGGCGGUAGUGCAGGACCAUGACGCACGCGAUAUAUCAAAGACGGUUACUGCACUUGCACAUUUUGGAUUAAAGGAUGAGGAAUUGUUUAAACGCCUCGCCUCACAUGCCGCGAGUAUUGCCGAUCAGUUUGAUGCAACAGGUCUUGUGAACACCGCCCAUGCGUUUGCAAGAACUAAUUUCUUGCAACAGGAUAUGGCUGUUGCCCUUUCUGAGCGCAGUGUGUAUGUUUGCCGUCAAAUUGACGCAGGUGAGGCGCGACGGCUCUUGUGGUCACUGGCGAAGUUUCAAGUGCGUGACCCGAAAAUAUUAACUCCUGUAUUUAACCGUUGUCUUGCGCUACACCUUGACUUCUUCUCAGACCCCACUGGUAGUGAGGAGAUUGAAGAGAUCUUUGAUAUCUAUGGGCCGAACUUCUGCCCACCACUCUACCAGCUGUACGUAUCCCGUGGUUCCACACCGCAGAUGUAA